CGAACGCGCUCAACCCGAAGCACAUUCAACUCGAGGUAUGACUGUAUAAGAGGAAAAUGAAAAUAUCUAAUUCUGUCAUGUUUGGUACUCGGAGCCAAUACAUUGUAUUCUCUACACCUUGCCAAGAGUUUCCAACACAGGUUGCUAUCUAAGAGUGCAAUGGAAUUCAAAAUGACCAGACAUUUGGAUGUGGUGAAGGUCAUACACAGCUGUGUAGCUGAACUGCUAUACGUGAAGCUGAAACUAAAAUGAGGAAGGUGAGUUGGGGAACCACAGAAACAGAGCCAUAAAGCAGAAGCAAACAUUAAAUGUCAUGCAUAUAGCAUCAACAGACCCACAUGACAGGAAGUAAGUGCUGUCUGCAUUUUGGCCACAUAUCUUGGAUGCAACUGGCAAGAUGUGGUUAUUCAUCAGAAAGAAUUAGCUGAAGUUUUCAUCUGGUGUUUAAGGAAGGAGGGAUGGCAUUUAUGACCUACACACGAGGAAAGAGCCAUUUCACCACCUCCCAUCCUUUUAAUGGCUUGGAUCGUAAAGGGUUCUUACUAUUAUUUCUGGGGCUUGCAGUGUUCAUGUCAUCUUGCCUUGCAGCCAUCUCUUUCUACUAUGUUACAGCAUUAAAAUCAGAACUAGCCAUGCUGAGCAGCAAGCUGAACUGCAGGGUCCAGACAAGGACAUCAUUUCCACAGCUCUUGAGGUCUUUGGAAAAGAGCAAAGAGGCCAAUUCCUUCAUUCCCUACUUGAAUGUAUUAGAAGGUGCUUCUAGUCAGCAAAUUUCUUCUGGACCACAUCAAAGUAGUGAAGAGAUAAUGUGGAGUGGAGACAAGCACAGGGGGAAAAGGUCUCCUCUGCACACAGGAGAAGCAGUUCUACAGUCAUGUCUUCAGCUGAUGGCUGACAGCAAGCGUGACAUUCAGCAACAUGAUGGUUCAAGUAUAGUUCCAUGGCUUCUUAGCUUUAAAAGAGGAACUGCUCUUGAAGAGCAAGGAAAUAAAAUACUUGUCAGAGAAACUGGCUACUUUUUCAUAUAUGGUCAGGUUUUGUAUACAGAUGAAAUGUUUGCAAUGGGACAUUGGAUCCAGAGGAAAAAAGCUCAUGUAGUUGGUGAUGAUCUCAGUUUGGUUACAUUAUUUCGUUGCAUCCAAAACAUGCCUCUCACUAAUCCUAACAACUCUUGUUAUACUGCUGGUAUUGCAAAAUUAGAAGAAGGGGAUGAGCUCCAGCUCACCAUUCCGCGGAUGGGAGCCAAGAUAGUCUUGAAUGGAGAUGCCACUUUUUUUGGUGCAGUCAGACUUCUGUGAAGCUCUUCUUUGUUCCUUGUACAAAGGGUUGGAUCUGUUGCGUGUUUCAUUUUUAGUUAGUUGGUUUAUGGAGUACUGUUUUCUGUUUUAUUGAAAACAGGAAGCUGAUUGGAUGUGGUACGCCCACCUCAUGUGGGUUACCAGAAAUGAAAUUUGUAAGAAGAAUAUAAAUAUAGCAUUUGUUACAUAAGAGCCUAAAUAGAGCAGUCUUGAGUCAGACCAACAACUGAUCUGUGUUUCAUUAGUUUAGUGUUCCACUUCCUACAGUGGCCACCUGGAAAUGCAACAGCCCUCUCUACUGUUUGUCUCCCCCAACAGCUAGUAUGCCAGGACUUACAAUUUUAAACAUCAAUUUUCUUUUGAGGAAGGAGGGGAGAUGCAUUACUAUUUCAGCAGAAUGUGCCCUGUGGAAUGACCACCCAUUAGAUGCCAAGGAAAUAAACAACUAUUUGACUUUUAGAAGACAUCUGAAGGCAGCCGUGUACAGUGGUACCUCGGGUUAACAACUUAAUUUGUUCCGGAGGUCCAUUCUUAACCUGAAACUGUUCUUAACCUGAAGCACCACUUUAGCUAAUGGGGCCUCCUGCUGCUGCUGCUGCUGCUGCACCGCCGCCGUGCAAUUUC